UAAAGUCCUGUGUGCCUGCAGCUGCACAGACAGCUAAGGUGGCAAACCUCCUCCUUCCCACAACCUGCUCUGGAAACUGUUCUACAGCCAAUUGGGGGAACCCAGCCCGAGACACGCCUUGCUGAAUGCACCACGUGUAGAGAUGAAACCCUUGUAAGGAACUUAAAGAAGCAUUCUGUAAAACUGGGACGCUUUUUUAGAAGAUGGAGAACCCAGUUCUUUUGUUCCCUCAACUGAACAUUUCUGCUUCGAAGGAUAAAUCCUAUUACAAAGUCAUGAAAUCAACAGUUAAAGAAGAGCCAAAUAAAGCAAGCAAGCCCGGAGCAAAGCAGAAGAGAAACAGACUGAGCCUUCUCCUGCAGAAAUCUGAAUUACACGAAGCUGAACAUCUUGGUAAACCGACAGACUUGACAAAAGCAUCAAGCAGUGUGUCUCCUGAAGAAGCAAUGAAAUGGGGCGAAUCUUUUGACAAACUGCUUUCCCAGAAAGAUGGAUUGGAUGCCUUCACAAAAUUUCUGAAAACGGAGUUCAGUGAGGAGAACAUUGAGUUCUGGAUAGCUUGUGAGGAUUACAAGAAGAGUAAAACUACAAACGAACUUUUCCCAAAAGCUAAGAGCAUUUAUGAAACAUUCAUACGGAAAGAUGCUCCAAAAGAGGUGAAUUUGGACUUUAAAACCAAAGAAGUUACAAGUCAGAAUAUUGAACAGCCCGUCCUUACCACCUUUGAUGCAGCACAAAACACAGUCUACAGGCUGAUGGAGCAAGACAGCUAUCCACGCUUCCUAAGAUCUGAUCUUUAUUUGAAUUUGGUUAAGGGGAGAAAUCCUGGUCGUCCCACUCUUAGGAGGCGAUCACGGUCUUUUACUGUCAAUGAUUUCCAGGGUGUGCGACCAGACUUCACCAUCUGGCAAUAGGGAACUCAGCCCUCAUGAAUUCUAGCUACUGCAAGCAAGUUGUACAUGUGUUAUAAAUUACAAAUCCUUAGGUGGUGUAAAUAGGUGGCAAGCAAAGUUGCAUGCUUUCAUACCAGGUCAUAGUUUUGUUGCUAAUGAGUAAUCCCAUUUACUGUAGACAACCAGGCAACUUAUUGCUGAGACAUGUCGUGUGAAGAUUUUGUACAGUAUUUUUUUUUAACUCAAGCAGGAGCUGUUAUCAUAUUAGAAAGAAGAAUCUGAGUUUCUGACAUAAAAAUGUUGUCUAAAACGCUAUUUGAUAACACCCAUCAUGUAUUCUGUAAGACAGUUUUGUCACAGUUUGAAUCUAUAUAGCUAACCUUUGCACAUGAUUUUGUUUUUUGCAGUAUUUCCUACACUAAGCAUAGAAUAUUUGUAGUAUUUUCUCAUACUGCAAAACACAUGGGAACAUUAGUUAGUUGAAAUGUAAAAAUUAUAUGGAUUUUAACUACAGCUACUGCAUAAUUAAAAUCUAGCUAUUGCAUAUUUCAAGAGGAUGAUAAGAAUGCCUAUUUAAUUUUUAUAGAGACAUAUUAUAUACUCUUUUCUUAUUAUGUACAUCUUUUCUUUAUAUUUAAACUAUGCUGUAUAAACUAGCUUUGCUAUCAAAUAUUUGCAUUCUCUUCUUUUUUUUUUUUUUUUCCCCAAC